UGCGCGAUCAGCGGCGUCCGUCCAUCACCAUGGCAGCAUGCAUUGGGGGCCCGGGGUCCUGGAGUGAAAAUAUACUGGAUUAUUUUCUUAGAAACAGUCAGAUCACAACAGAAGAUGGUGCUGAGAUCAUCUGGUAUCAUGCAGCCAACCACAAGUUCCAGAUGCAUGAGGCACUGAGGAGUGCUGCCCACAUGAUAGAGGCUGAUGUCCUUCUUCCUAGUGAUGGAUCAGAGCAUGGCCAGCCAAUCAUGGCCCAUCCUCCUGAGACAAACAGUGAUAACACUCUGCAGGAGUGGCUGGCUGAGGUCAUGAAGAGCAACAAGGGCAUCAAGUUGGAUUUCAAGAGCCUGGAAGCCGCCAGAGCUUCCAUGCUAUUCCUGGACAAUGUGAAGCAUCACCUGCAGUGCCCCGUGUGGAUGAAUGCAGACAUUCUUCCUGGGCCGAACGGAAGCAGCAAAGUCGUGGAUGCCAAAGCCUUUCUAGACACCGUGACAUCCUUCUUCCCAGAUGUGACCUUUUCCCUGGGUUGGACAACAGGAUGGCACCCCGAGAAAGUCAAUGAAGGCUAUAGUUGGACAAUGGUGAAAGAGAUGGACUACAUAUGCAGCGGACUAACCCAGCCCGUCACGUUUCCUGUCAGGGCAGCUUUGGUCAGGCAGUCCUGUUCUCAGUUACUCUGGCUAUUGAAGAAAUCAAACAGGUACAGCCUGACAGUUUGGACUGGAAAGGAUGACAGUUAUCCCACUGAAGAUUUACUUUACAUUCGAGACUACUUUAAUAAAACCCAAGUUUUCUAUGAUAUUUUGGAACCACAAAGCCAUGAAUUUAAACAAGCCAUUGGGAUGUGAGUCCCUCUAAGAAGGCACACUACAAGAAGACACUUUCUAAUCAUUUCCUCUUUCGGCUUCCACACCCUUCUCUGCUUUGUCUGAAUUCAUUGCUGUAUUAAUUGUGAUUUUUGGUUUGUACUGUUAUCCAAUCAAAAAUGCUUGUUGUAUACUUCCUCGCUCUUCCUUUAUGAUGUCUUCAUGGCUGCACACAUCUGGAAGAAUUUGCCACCUGCAACAAAGUUGGGAAAAUUACAGUAAAAAUGUUCAAGCUGGGUGUGGCAACACAUGCUCGUAUCAUACCCCUAGGACUUGGGGGACUGAGGCAGGAAGAUCAGGAGUUCAAGGCCAGCCUGGACUACAUUGUGAUACCCUAUCUCAAUACAAUGCUUGUAACAUCUCUAUAAUAACCAGACAUUAAUUU